GGAAAGAUUCCAUGUGAACGUAAUAGCUUGUUGUUAGGAAUAGGAACUGGAGGUAUUGUCUUUGCCGUUGGAAUGAUAGCAAGAAGAGGUUUAAGAUCAAGUUCAAAUUGGGGUGUUGGAGCAAGCGUUUUUGUUACUUUGGCUUCUUUUGAAACUUGUAGAUCUGCUCGUAAAGCAGAAGCAAAACGAAUGAAAGUCAUCGUUGAAGAUUUCCAAAGGAAAAGAGGG